UUAUCGCUUCGCAUCCAGACUAUGCCAUUUCCAUAGCCGAAUUUCACGUGCGAUUGCAUUACGUAGUUCUUUUAGCAUCGCUGCUUGUGCAGGAUCAUACGUGCGUGUGCGUGCACUUUUGCAGGAUGGUUUGUGGUUUGUUGCGGUUGUGUUUGUAUGUGUGUUGAGCUACUACAGAGCUCAGAGAGGCUUACGUGUGACCUGGAGCCGGGUGCCUGAAAAGUCUGCAUCUCCACAGACCUGUUUGAGUCAUGAAGGAAGACCCUUAGUCACCAGAGAACCAAACACUGUGGUUUCAUCCCAACAUCACUGGGAUCGAGGCAGAACACCUCCUCCUGACACGGGGCGUCCAUGGCAGCUUUCUAGCACGACCCAGCAAGAGCAACCCAGGAGAUUUCACUCUGUCUGUCAGGAGGAAUGAUGAGGUCACCCACAUUAAAAUCCAGAACUCGGGGGACUAUUAUGACCUGUACGGAGGGGAGAAGUUCGCCACGCUGGCUGAGCUGGUCCAGUAUUACACCGAGCAGCACGACCUCCUGAGGGAACGCAAUGGAGAUGUUAUUGAGCUCAAAUACCCACUCAACUGCAAAGACCCCACAUCUGAGAGGUGGUAUCAUGGACAUCUCUCAGGAAGAGACGCUGAAAAGCUCCUUACAGAGAAGGGUAAAUCCGGAAGCUUCCUGGUGAGAGAGAGUCAAAGUAAACCUGGGGACUUUGUGCUUUCUGUCCUCACUAAUGAAGAAAAGCAUGAAAAUGUAGACCGCAAGACUAAAGUCACACAUGUCAUGAUCCGUUAUCAGGAUGGAAAAUAUGAUGUAGGAGGAGGGGAGAGGUUUGACACCUUAGCAGAUUUAGUAGAGCAUUAUAAGAAAAACCCCAUGGUCGAGAAGAGUGGAAUUGUUGUGCACCUUAAACAGCCAUUCAAUGCCACGAGGAUAAAUGCUGCAAACAUUGAGAACAGGGUACACGAACUAAAUAAAGUUGCCGACAACUCCGAGAAACCCAAGCAAGGCUUCUGGGAAGAAUUUGAGGUUUUACAGCAACAAGAAUGUAAACUCCUUUACCCCAGGAAAGAGGGGCAGAGACCAGAAAAUAAAAACAAGAACAGAUAUAAGAAUAUACUACCAUUUGACACCACUCGAGUGCAGAUCAAGGAAGCGGAUCCUGAUGUUCCCGGAUCCGAUUACAUCAACGCUAACUAUAUCCGAAGCGUGAAUGAAGAAGGACGUCAUAUGGAUGAAGGUAAAGUGUUCAUCGCUACUCAGGGCUGCCUUCAGAACACAGUCCUGGACUUCUGGAAAAUGGUUUAUCAGGAAAAUACACAUGUUAUUGUCAUGACAACCAAGGAGAUGGAGAGAGGACGGAAUAAAUGUGUGCGGUACUGGCCAGACUUGAAUUCAACAAAGGAGUUUGGGAAGGUGUGUGUGAAGAACAUUGAGGAACACACAGCUCAGGACUACAUACGGCGAGAGCUUGAAGUCACACGUCUAGACAGGAGAGAGCCUCCCAGGUGUAUCUGGCACUAUCAGUACCUGAGUUGGCCUGAUCACGGUGUUCCAAAUGAACCUGGAGGAGUGUUGAGCUUCCUGGAGCAAGUGAACCGAACCCAGAGCGCCAUUCCAGAGAGCGGACCCAUAGUGGUUCACUGCAGUGCAGGGAUUGGAAGAACAGGCACAAUUAUCGUGAUUGACAUUCUUAUCGACAUCAUAAAUAGACAAGGGCUGGACUGUGACAUUGACAUCCCAAAAACGAUUCAGAGAGUGCGACAGCAGCGGUCCGGUAUGGUUCAGACUGAAGCCCAGUACAAGUUCAUCUACAUGGCUGUUCAGCAAUACAUUGAUACUGCUCAGAAGAGACUAGAAGAGGAGCAGAGGAACAAAACGAAGGAGAGGGAAUACUCUAACAUCAAGUACCCACAGAUGUCAAAUGCCAGAGCCAAGCCUAACAUGAGCUCGUCUCGCUCUUCAUCUGUAAUGAAUGACGACUCCAGUGUGUAUGAGAAUCUGAACAUCAAAAAUCCAAAGGGCUCCACCAGCAGUAACACCAGGAGAUAAGCCACGGGCUGCUGUCUCAGGGACUCUGGGAUUCCAGCAGAGAUGCUGUUCAGAAGCACUAGAUCAUGGAACGACACUGGAUCAAGCCACUGGGGGGUGGGGGACCAGCAGCACCAACCCUGAGGUGACGCUGUUUUGGCUGGAGGUUUACAGAGAUCUCCAACAGCUCAUUUCCUGACUGAAAAACCACACUCCAAAACUAAGUGCCUGAUCAGCAGCCGAAAUUGUUCCCGCUAUGGAUGUGUGUCUCUCGGUGCUUUCUCUCCCCACUUCUAGUCUAGCAAGCCUGCACUAAGCUACAUGAUGGUUUGUAUAUGUGUGAAGUAUAUAUGAAAUAUGAAUAUUUACACUCAGCGACGUAACUUUGGAUGAAGCUACGCUCUUUCCAUGCUGUCUACGGCUCUUUCCAAGACCUUGCUUUGUCUACUGGAUGUCGUCUACCGUAACCAAAGACCUUUAAUAUUUAUAUAUCUCAGUAUCUCGCAAGCAGCAGUCAUUCGCGCUCUGCUUAAUGAUGCUUGCGGUUGUUUUAAGAAGAAAAGUACACUUCCUGAGCCUCAAGAAUCCUGGUUUUCUUUUCAGGGGAGUUGAUUGGUCAGACAUCGACCAAUGUAUUGGAUACCCUGUAAGUAGGUGUUUUUUAAAUGGACUGAUUCGGUACAGUUUGGUAGAAUAUUUACAGUAUGUGCCAAUUAGCAGCCUGUACGUCAUACUUGUGAAAGCUUGUGCUUUUGAUGCUGUUUUAUUGAGCAUUACCUCUAGGCUAACCAACAGUCAAGUGCUACUGUCAAUCAAAGGCUUAUCAACCAAUCAGGCUGCCUCUUCAUCAGUAAGCUCCUCCCUCUGUGAAUAGGCUUGAUUUGUUCUGAAAACAUCAGGUGAGCCUUUUUUUAGAUUCAUUUUUGUUUUGUUAAUAGUCAUUUCGUUUGCAACUAUGAUUCCUUUAGAGCAGUUUUAUUUUCUGUGGUGAUGUUUGUGAAUGUGAUUAUGAAAUCUGGGCCUGGCGUUUUUUAUGUAAUGCAUUUCUUUUUAUGUCUUUGACUGUAUUAUUCCACAUUUCCUCUGAGGAGACUCAUUAAGCUCUUUUAUCACAUGUCAACAGGGUAUGUGUGUAUUGCAGUGUUAUAAAUAGCCCGUUAAAGCUUUUUUUUACGUCAAUAGGGGAUUGUGAUUGCACUGAGGAGGCCUUUGAAUGAAAUAACGUAAAAUGAAAACGUGGUAUUACUAGACAUUUACAAAGGAGGGGCAAAUGUCAGGAUGUCAGCUGAGCCAUUGACGUGAACAGGAUUUCGGUAGAGACUACAGCUAAAAAUGAGGCAGGCCAGAUGGCCCUCGGCGAAGAUUAAAGAGUAGAUUUGUGUUGAGCAAAAAAAAAAAAAGUAAUUUAAAAGAUGGCCGUAAUCCAGACAUCCAGGCUAUUAUUGGGUCAGCAGUGAUGUCAUAAGAUGUUAUAUAUACACACACACACACACACUACUGUUCAAAAGUAUGGGGUCGGUAUAUGAUAUAUUGUUAUGUUUUUUAAAUGAAUUAAACUGUAUUCGGCGUGGAUGCAUAAAA